CCUUAUAGCAUAUUCAGCGGCAAGGAGAAGGGGUUGAUCGUUCUCAUUGUGUCCGCCGCCGGCUUCUUCUCCAGCGUCAGCACCAACAUCUACUUCCCGGCCCUGAACUCCAUCGCCCAGGAGUACCGCGUCUCGAGCACGCUCGUCAACUUGACCAUCACCGUGUACUUGAUCUUCCAGGGGCUCGCCCCGUCGUUCACGGGGUCGCUGUCGGACAGCGUGGGCCGGCGCCCCGUCUACGCCGUCUGCUUCGCCAUCUACAUCGCGGCCAACGUCGGGCUCGCGCUGCAGCGCCAGUUCGCGGCCCUCGUGGUCCUCCGUUGCCUGCAGAGCAGCGGCAGCAGCGGCACCGUCGCCCUCGGCAACGCAGUCGUCUCCGACCUGGCCGGCCCCGACGAGCGGGGCUCCUACAUCGGCUACGUCUCGCUCGGCGGUGUCGUCGGCCUCUCGCUCGGCUCCACCCUCGGCGGCGUCCUCGCCCAGUUCCUGGGCUGGCGGUCCAUCUUCUGGUUCCUGACCAUCAGCGCCGCCGCCGUCGUCGUACUCAUCGCCCUGUUCAUGCCGGAGACGGCCCGCGUCGUCGUUGGCGACGGCUCGCUUGCGCCUCCCCGCUGGGACCGCUCGCUAUGGGAUCUCCUGCCGUCCACCAAGAAGCGCAGGAGGGACACAGAACCGGCCGCACCCGGGGAGGAGGGAGGCACGCAGUCCCCCCGGGGUUCCGCCGCCCGCCGCCGACAGUUCGUCAACCCCUUCAUGACCCUCCGGAUCUGCGCCGACAAGGAGGCGGGCGUGGUGCUCCUGGUCAGCGGCAUCGUCUUCGCCGGCUACACGGCGCUGGUGGGCGCCAUCCCGUCGCAGUUCAAGGCGCGCUACGGCUUCAACGACCUGGAGCUCGGCCUGUGCUACCUGCCCAUCGGCGUCAGCGCCGCGCUGUCGUCCCUCGCGGUGGGCCGCGCCCUCGACUGGAACUUUGCACGGCACGCGCGCCUGCUCGGCCUGAGCGUCGAGCAGGUCCGGCAGCAGCAGCAGGCCGCGGGCGGCGGCGCUAACAACUCCGGCUUCGCGGUCGAGCGCGUCCGGUGCGAGGUGGCGUUCCCCUCGUUGGCGCUCUUCUGCGCCGGCACCGCCGUGUACGGCUGGCUGCUCUCGUGCCGGACCAGCGUGGCCGGGCCGAUGGUCACGCUCUUCGUCCUCGGGUUCGGCGUCAACGGCUGCUACACCAUCCUCAGCGUGCUCCUGAUCGACGUGUACCCGCGCGCGCCGGCCACGGCGACGGCGGCCAACAACCUGGUCAGGUGCUGGCUCGGAGCGGGCGCGGCGGCCGCCAUCGUGCCCAUGAUCGACUCCAUGGGCCCCGGCUGGGCCUUCACCCUCAUCGCCCUGCUGGACCUACUCAUGGCGCCAUUGCUCUGGGUGGUUAUGCGCUGGGGUCCCAAGUGGAGGGCGGAGAGAAUCGUCGCGGAGAAGGCAAGUGAG